AUGUUGGUGAGUUCCCUUCUGGUGUCUUUCCUCAACUGGUUUCUUUUCUCUUUUCAAUCUAUUUCUCUUUUUAGCCUCUUUCCUCUACCAGUCUUUUUCAGUUUCCUGCCACUUUCUUCUACCAGCCUCUUUCCGUUUCUGGCUUCUUUCCUCUACCAGCCUCUUUCCGUUUCUGGCUUCUUUCCUCUACCAGCCUCUUUCCGUUUCUGGCUUCUUUCCUCUACCAGCCUCUUUCCGUUUCUGGCUUCUUUCCUCUACCAGCCUCUUUCCGUUUCUGGCUUCUGUCCUCUACCAGUCUCUUUCAGUUUCUGGCUUCUGUCCUCUACCAGUCUCUUUCAGUUUCUGGCUUCUGUCCUCUACCAGUCUCUUUCAGUUUCUGGCUUCUGUCCUCUACCAGUCUCUUUCCAUUUCUGGCCUUUUUUCUCUACCAGUCUAUUUCCAUUUCCAAUCUCUUCCCCUUCUGACCUUUUUCCUCUUUCAGGCUCAUUCUAUUUCCAGCCUCUUUUCUCUAUCAGUCUCUUUCCAUUUCUGGCCUCUUUCCUCUUCCAGGAUUCCAAUUUUUUUUCCUCCUUUCCAUUUAUUUUUCUCUUCUGGACUUUUUCCCUCUCUGGCCUCUUUCUACUUCCAAUCCGUUUUUCCCUUAUGGUCUCUUUUUAA